UCACAACGUAGAAAGAUAUUUCUGAAAAGAUGAAAGGGAGGACUUGGAGGAAAAGAAAGAAAAAAAUAUUAACUACAGCAUGCCAUAGCAAGACUUUCGGUCACCAGGACGAAAAAGGUUUAGGGCAGUGGAUGCGACAGUGUGGAAUGAAAAAAACUAAUUUAAAAUUUUGGGAUUUUCCUUCGACUGGUAGAGGAUUGAUGGCUACACAAAAGAUAAACUCUGGUGAUAUUAUUAUUUCUGUUCCUCAUCAUUUACUGAUAACCAUAGAUACAGUUUUAACUAGUGAAAUUGGACCAGCCUUAAAACAAUCUAAGCCAAAACUGUCCCUGCAAGAGUCUUUGGCAUUGUUCAUAUUGCUGGAGAAAGGCAAGGGAAAUAACUCUUCAUGGAAAACCUACAUUAAUACCAUUCCAAAAGAUUUUACGACACCAGGAUAUUUUAUAGCAGACUACAACAACGAUGUGCUUGAUAGAUUGAAAAACUCUGUUCAAAUACACAUCACAAAAUUAAGAAAAGCCUACAAACAAUGUCAAACGUUUUGUGAAAAAUAUUUAUCUGAUAACUUGAUCAAUUUAACAUUUGAGUCUUUUCGAUGGGCUUGGUAUGCUGUUAAUUCAAGAUCUGUUUAUUAUAAGGCAGAGUGUUGCUUUCUAGAAGAAGAGGAUAAUAAUAUGGCUCUCGCACCAUUUUUAGAUUUACUAAAUCAUUCCACAGAUGCAAAGACAGAUGCCGGGUUUAAUGUGGUUAAUAAUUGUUAUGAAAUAAGAACAUGGAAUAAUUAUAAAAAAUAUGAUCAAGUUUUUAUAUCUUAUGGACCACAUGAUAAUCAUAAACUAUUUUUAGAAUAUGGAUUUAUUUUACCGAAUAAUCCUCACACUGUGCUUGAAUUUUCACCAGAUCAAAUUCUAGAGGUAGCCAGUAAUAAUGGUGUUCAUCAUUUACAUCAUAAAUGGACAAUAUUAAAAGAAAAUAAUCUUUUAAAGGGUUUAUCAUGUAGUAGAGAUGGAAUGACAUGGAAAAUGGAACUUGUUUUUAAAAUACUUGUUAUGAACUGGCAGCAGUUACAAGAUUGGAAGAAGAUUAUGUUAGGUUUAAUUAUUAGCAGAGAAAUUGAUGAUAAAGCUCAAAGUUUGGCUCUGAUUCUGUUCAAAUCAGAACUCAAAAAUUCUCAGCUACAAUUACAGAAUUUAAAGAAAUCUUGUAAUUAUCUUGAAGAAGUCUGUGAAAAACUAUUAAAAGAAGAUCUAUUAAUAUUGCAAAAUUCUAUCAAAUGUAUUGUCUAAAAAUAGAUCAUGUAAUUAUUUUUAUA